CCCACUCUCUCUCCCUCUCUCCAUGUCAACACUGGCCAUCUCCCUCUCUCUCUCUCUCUCCUCCUCCUCCUCCUCCAGGCCCAGGCCCAGGCCAAGGCCUCCUCUCCCUCAGCUCAAUCCAAGAAAGAGUGGAAAGGGAGCUCUUGGUGUGGUCGCAGUCUGUGGUGAGGAGGAGAAGAAGAAUCCAUGGGGCACGCUGUUUGAUGUGGAGGACCCAAGGCCUAGGGUCCUGCAACUCAAGGAGGGGAAGAGCAAGUUCUUGGAUAUGAACCAAGCCAUCGAGGUGGCUCGGUUAGAUAUCCAGUACUGCGAUUGGCGGGCUCGUCAAGAUGUGCUCACCAUCAUGACACUCCAUGAUAAGGUAGUUGAGGUUCUUAACCCGUUGGCACGUGAAUACAAGUCCAUUGGCACGGUGAAGAAAGAGCUAGCGGAGUUGCAGGAGGACCUUGCAAGUGCUCAUAAGCAGGUGCACAUAUCUGAAGCCAGAGUAGCAACUGCUUUGGACAAACUCGCCUACAUGGAGGCUUUAGUGAAUGAUAGGUUGCUUCAAGAUAGGAAUACAUCUGAUUCAGAUCAAUCUUCACAUUCUCCAAGUACUUCAUCGAGUUCUUCGAUGACUGUUAGUAGUUCGAAGAUGUCUCGAAGAAGCUUGAAUGUGUCAGGUCCAGUUAAGGACUACCCCCCUGCAUUGAAGAACUUUUGGUACCCUGUGGCUUUCUCUGAUGACCUCAAAGCUGAUACCAUGAUCCCAGUGGAUUGCUUUGAGGAGCCAUGGGUGUUGUUUCGAGGGAAAGAUGGUGAGCCCGGUUGUGUCCAAAACACUUGUGCACAUAGAGCAUGCCCCUUGCACCUUGGUUCUGUCAAUGAAGGCCGCAUACAAUGUCCCUAUCAUGGGUGGGAGUACUCUACUGAUGGAAAAUGUAAGAAAAUGCCAUCAACUAGAUUACUAGAUGUCAGGAUAAAAUCAUUACCAUGUUUUGAGCAAGAUGGUAUGGUUUGGAUAUGGCCAGGAGACGCACCCCCAAUGGCCACCCUCCCCUCUUUACAACCUCCCACUGGAUUUACAAUCCACGCACAGAUCGUCAUGGAAUUGCCAGUUGAGCAUGGACUUCUGCUGGAUAAUCUUUUGGACCUUGCACAUGCACCUUUCACCCACACCUCCACCUUCGCCAAGGGCUGGAGCGUUCCAAGCUUGGUGAAGUUCUUGACACCAGCAUCAGGCUUACAAGGUUAUUGGGAUCCAUACCCAAUUGACAUGGAGUUCCGCCCCCCAUGUAUGGUUUUGUCGACCAUCGGCAUAUCAAAGCCAGGCAAGCUGGAGGGACAAAACACUAGGCAAUGCUCCACCCACUUGCACCAGCUCCAUGUUUGUUUGCCUUCAUCUAAACAGAAGACCAGAUUGCUCUAUAGAAUGUCUCUUGAUUUUGCCCCAAUAUUGAAGCAUAUCCCAUUCAUGCACAUUUUAUGGAGGCACUUUGCAGAUCAGGUCUUGAAUGAGGAUUUAAAGCUGGUUCUUGGACAGCAAGAGCGUAUGAUCAAUGGCGCAAAUGUGUGGAACUGGCCCGUUACAUAUGAUAAACUAGGAAUAAGGUACAGGAUAUGGAGAGAUGCAGUUGAACGGGGCGCUAAGCAGUUACCAUACAGCAAUCCGAAGAAGAUAUCUGGAGAAUGGUUUUAGCUCCCAUUUUCUCAUACUCCCAAGAAGCCAAAGCUAAGGUGAUGUCUUCAUGGAGGACUUCGUAGUCAUCGAACCCUUUUUGUAUCAUCAAUCAGAGAGGAGCAUCCAUGGCCAAAGGCAGAUAUAUUCAGCAGACCAAAAAAUCCAGGGUUUGCUUCCCAUGUAAAAUAAGACACUGAAGACAACCAGUAAUGGCUUCUCAUGUCUUGAGUGUCUGUAAUUUUGCAUGUACAGUGCUGAUCUAAUUCUUCUCUCCCCUGCUUCUCUGUAUCUCUUUCUAUUUCUUUUGUUCUUGAAUAACCUCCUGCAUGAUUUUUUUUUUUUGGAUUGUGGAUCCAGAAUCGCACAAGCUACUGCAAUUCUUCUACUAUUGUAUCGGAAUGUGCAUCACAUGUAUUGAGUUAUUUCAUCGGAAAUGCUUGAAAUUGGCUCUUAGAAUGACUACUUUUUCGUUUUGUAUCAUCUAUUCUUGCAGGAAAGACAUUAGUUCAGAGCCGAACAUUGUCAUGUCAAAGCGUGUGCAAGCAAUGGCUUCUCAUUUCAUUGUUGAAAAGAAAAAUGAGUGAGUAUGGGCCUCCUGCAAUUCGUGAUGUUUCAACUUUCAACCAUUCCCUUGAAAGUAAAAGAGAUUAGUUCUGGUUUUUCAAUGCAAAUCUAUGAGGGCCCGUGUAUGGAGUUUCAACAAUUGGAAGUUAAUGACUUUACCAAUAACAUUGAAACUUUCUUAGUUGGA